AUGAAUAUCACCAGGAACGUCGUCGUCUCCGGUGUGUUUUUCUCCGUCGCGGUCAUAUUGCUUCUCUCGACCUUCUAUACACAGCAUAAGCCGCACAAAGGUCGCUUCAUCUUCGUAGACCUCGGAGCCAAUCGCGCAGACUCGCUAGAGACCUUCCUCAAACACAAGGGCGCGAAGUUCGAUUUUGAUUUCCCACGUCCCAGCUGGGCAACCCACGACCAAGCUGAAAUCUAUCUAUUCGAGGCAAACCCCGUCUUCAACCCCGCCCUGGUAGAAGCCAAACAGAAAUACGACGAGCUCGGCAUCAACGUAAACAUCUAUCCAUCCACCGUCGUUGACGUCAAAGAUGGCACGCGCACAUUUUACCUCGACAACGUGAACACCGAGCACGACUACUGGGGUUCCUCCACCCACGCCACGCACCCCGAUGCCGUAAAAUCCCACAGCAACGGCACCGAGAUUGUCGCGAUCGGAAUCUCGCGAUGGCUACUAAUGAACACGCUGCCAAGGGAUUUCGUCGUCGUCAAGAUGGACAUUGAAGGAUCCGAGUUCGAAGUCAUUCCGAAGAUGGUGGAGAUGAGUAUCUGGACGGUUCUGGACUACCUCUUCGUCGAAUGGCAUGGGGGUUUCAUCCAAAAUGACGAGGGGUUCCCUCAGACCGAGGCGAGGGUGAAAAAGGCGCAGGAGGUGUUAAUCUCGAAGGGGGUUCAGAUGCCGUCUUACGAUUCUGGAGCUUAA